GGCGACCGAUGCUGUCAUGGACAAUUUCACGAGGCGAAUAUGGCCAUAAGCGUGACUCUCUCGCCUGCGUGGACCAAGUGAGCACUUCAUGUUUGAACUACUCCGACCAGAUAAAACAACCUACAACUUACUGGCAUAUAUUUGAAGCCCAGCUCUGCUUGAAACCCUCUUGAGACUCGACUCGACUGUGACUCAACUGAACUGGACUCGACUUAUCGCAUCUUGCAUCUCGGGUACUCGGGGGCUGCUAGAAGUGGCUUGGAUCGGAUCGAAUCAAGAGGUGCUAAUGUACCACUUCUAGGCAGUUGUCGCACUCAGGUACCUUAGCUUACCUUAGCUCUAGGCUCCCUCCACCAUCUCCCCGUCAAGAGAGUACCACCAUAACCUUUUCUUGGUCCAGGCUCAAUUCACGCCCUUGUUCGCUUCCAACUUCCUCCUGUCCAUAAUCUUUUGCUUAUCCUUACCCUUCAUUCAAGGCAUCGUUGUUCAUCCAUAGCCCCCCACUGGCUAGCAUCCUUUAUUCUUGGUCGACGGCUUGUACCACCUCAUCGUGAACCAUUUCACCCGGUUCCUCCUUGGCUUCACGUACAAAUACUCACCCUUCUUGGCUAUCGCCAUGGCUCCGCAACCCGAGAAGAGCCAAUUGAAGCGCCCGCGCGUUAGUCCAUUCCCUUCUCUUUGGCCUUUCUGAAAAAGAUUCACGUUCUAUUUUGUUGGUGGGCAAAAUGUUGGCGUUUUCGGAACUCUUUUUGCGCCUGUCGUUCCAUCCCGUGUCGCGCCAUCGAUCGCCUACCAUUACUAACUUGCUUGGCUUCGCAGGGCUCGUUGCCAGAUGAUGAGACUGAGACCAAGAAACCUCGACGAGCUGAGCGCCUCGAGGCUGAUCCAGACAAGACCCCAAUUGUCAACAAGCAACAUCUGCCAUCACCUCUCACACAUCUUACCGAUGACUCCAACGAGCUCAACAAGGAGCCUACCGCGACCCCCCCGGGACAGAAGCAACACGAGAUAACCCCCAAGAAGACUGAAGACACAUACUCUCAAGGCCAAGCGCUAUCGUCACCACCUCAAGACACUCAACCGCUCAGUCAGUUCGUUGAUCGCCACCCUGCCAUCUCCGACGACAUCGAAGACGAAAUUCGCGAAGGUGUCUGGGGAUACCUCGUUCCGCUUGAUCCGAAGUAUGGCGACAAGCCGAUCGUCCUGAAGAAACGAAGCGCAUGCCCCCUACCAGACACAGUGGCCGAUUCCGCCAAGCAGGAUAAUAAACAUCAUACCAACGAGAACGGCAAGUCCGCUGCGAUGAAAGACGAAGAGGCCUUUGAGAAGAAGAAGGAAAAGGGCGUCUCUUCUGGUGGUUAUCUAAUUGGACGCCACCCCGAGUGUGACAUUGUUGUCAACGACGGUAUUGUGUCGAACCGGCAUUGCCUUAUUUUCACCGAAAACAAAGGUAACGAUACUGUCGCAAUUGUUGAGGAUCUGUCGAGCAACGGGACGUACGUCAACGAAGCCAUCGUGGGCCGAAAUCAGCGCCGCGAACUUGAGGAGCAAGAUGAGAUUGCUGUCCACGGCAAGGCGCGUUUUGUCUUCCGCUACCCCCAGAGUCGACAGACAAGCGCUUUUCUGCAACAGUACACUCUUUUAGAGAAGCUUGGAAAGGGUCAUUUUGCCGAGGUUUAUCUAUGCGUCGAGAAGGCCACUGGCCAGCGCUUCGCAGUCAAGAUUUUCACAAAGCACCCUGGCGUGGAGGAUCGCUCAAAGACGGAGGGCUUGCAGCAGGAAAUCGGUGUAUUGAUGGGGGUUAGUCACCCAAACGUUCUUUGCCUAAAGGACACUUUCAACGAGCGUGAUCGCGUGUAUUUGGUGCUCGAGUUGGCACCAGAGGGAGAACUUUUCAACUAUAUCGUGAUGAAGCAGAAGCUCAGCGAAGAUGAGUCAAGGAAGUUGUUUGUGCAGCUCUUCCAGGGUAUCAAGUACUUGCAUGAACGUAACAUUGUGCACCGAGAUAUCAAGCCUGAGAAUAUCCUGCUGGUUGAUAAGAAUCUGCAUGUAAAGCUUGCUGACUUUGGCCUGGCCAAAAUUAUUGGAGAAGAAUCUUUCACAACUACACUAUGUGGAACGCCCAGCUAUGUUGCGCCCGAGAUACUCGCAGACUCCAAGCAGCGCAAGUACACAAAGGCCGUCGAUGUCUGGUCUUUGGGAGUUGUGCUUUACAUUUGCUUGUGUGGUUUCCCACCUUUCUCCGAUGAGCUCUACUCGCGCGACUUCCCCUUCACACUCUCCCAGCAGAUCAAGAGUGGUCGUUUCGACUACCCUUCCCCUUAUUGGGACUCCGUAGGAGACCCAGCCCGUAAGUGAAUAGAAUACCGAGGCCAUUAUACAGUUGCUAACAUUGCACAGUUGACCUCAUCGACUCUAUGUUGAUUGUUGAUCCCGAGAAGAGAUUCACGAUUGACCAGUGCCUGCAACACCCGUGGCUCACACAGAGUAGCCCUGGUGUAAAUGACAGCACUGGUGGUCUCGUCGGAGGCAUUGCAGGCCUCGAGGUCAACCGAAGAGCCCCUGCUCGUGAACGAACUUUGCUGGCCUCUCUCAACACUGUGCAGGUCACUGCUCAACUUGAAGUUGGCAAGGACAAGAACCCCGUGAAGGUGUUCUCAAAGAACAAAGGUCGCGUUACCAAUAUUGCAAAGGAGUCUGACCCCGCCGCUCAACGGGCACCAGACGAAUUUAUUGAGAUGGGAGGUAAGGGCGACCAAGAAUUAUUCGCGGACGAUGAUUCGAGCAUUUACCCAAUAGGUGAUAAUGGCGAGAAGAUCAAAGCGAACAAGGCCAAGCGAUAAAUCAGUGGGUUUGGAAUGUUCGAGUUGAGUAUGCGGGAUCAGGGAGUAUUUGGCUUUGUUCUGGUGUUACUCUCAUUGAGUUGAUUUUCGAUAUUGGUUGUUGGAAGGAGUAUCUUCUAUAGAGACGGUACAUGGGAUCACCGGUGUCUUCUAUUGGAUAAGUUGUUUCUGGUUUGUUUCUUCGCUUGCAUACAUAUUGAAUCAGGGAGGAAAGGGGAUGGAUCUGUUGAGAAGGGCUGCUCAUCAGCCAAUAGUAACUUGAAAGCGUACGAAAAGUCUUGAUUGUUUUCCAUUGCCUGCUGAAAGAGUUUCGAGCAGCACUUGUAUAUUGUGAAGUGUUACACACCCGACUUAAUACAUGGCCAACCGGGAGACAUGAUAGCACGACUUUCCUGCUCUCGCAGCAAAAGCCCGAGACUGAUCAAAGGUAUCUACUGUGGCAGGAUAAUCAAGGCCUGAGAAGGGAGAGACUUUUCCUGGUACAAACUAUUUUCAAUUUUCUCUCUCAUUCCUUUCAUAUUCCUCAUGGAAAGCAACAAACUAGAAACACAUUUAGAGGUUCAGAUGACAAUACAUCAUCAUGCCGAAUAUGUGACAACUAAAAAUAGAUUUAGAAGAGUAUAGAAACCUUUCAAUAGUUUGAAUUGACG